AUGAGCGAUUCUGGAAGGCAUUCCCAAUACGAACCUCAUUCUUUAGCCAGGAGUUCUCUCAGGAAUCUACUGCCAUCUCCUUCGCUACCAUCGGCUCCUCUGCUUUCAAAGAUUGAAACAACAACCCGAAUUGAAACUCGCAGCCAUACGCCAGAGCCUAUCGAAAAUUCAGUCACUUCCCCGCCACCGCCGUAUAGUCCUCGUGGGGUGUUGCUCCCUGCAGAAGCGGAUACACCGUCUCCUUCAUUGACCCACGACGACGACCUCCCAACCACACUUCACACAUCUUCAUCUAGUCAAUUUACCACUCCGCUUGCUCCUGGUCUAGGUUUAUUAAACGUCCAGAAGCCUCGUUGGAGAAGAACUAGUCAGACAAGUACGCAUCAAGUCCUGGUCGAGAAAAUUGCUGGAGCAUCUAAUAGCAAUAGUACCCCGACUUCACCAUCACGCAGACCAAGAGCGAGCAGCCUACCUUCUCUCUUUUGGGGUGCUAAAAUAGCAAAGAAGUUACCACCAUCAAAUACCAAUACAGAAACACCACCUCCAGUUAUGGGCAAAGGCAACCGUGCUCACUUUGAUCGAUACUCGACAUUAUCAUCAGUACCUCUAUCAUCAGCCGAUGUCUUGGUAUCAUCAGGUCUAGCAUCAUCGCUUUAUAGUCCACCACCAUUAUAUAAACCAGAUCCACUUCAGCCUCAAAACAAAGUCUCUGGCGAACAGGAACUCGAACAAGCUCCAACUUGGGUGCUAGUAACAACAUAUAUAUCCUACUUUGUAUUGAUCGUUUAUGGCCACAUCAGAGACUUUUUCGGAUUACGCUUCCGAACUGCAGCUUAUAAGCCGCUACGAACGCAGAACGGGUAUGCUCCUAUAAACUCUGGGUUUGAUACCUUUUAUCACAGAAGACUCUAUGUACGUAUCCGAGACUGCUUCAAUCGCCCAAUCACAAAUGUCCCAGGUAGAACUCUGACCUUACUGGAACGAGAAUCGCCAGAUCACAAUCGUACCUUUUAUUUGACGGGACGCACUCGAGAAUUACUCAACUUGUCAUCCUACAACUAUUUGGGCUUUGCGCAAUCCGAAGGGCCAUGUGCAGAAGCAGUAGAAGCAGCUGUACAACGAUGGGGUAUAUCAACAAACUCUUCGCGUAUGGAGUCUGGUACAUUGGAUUUGCAUCAUGAAGUCGAAGGACUAGUAGCUAGAUUCGUAGGUCAAGAAGCAGCGGUAGUAGUUUCUAUGGGCUUUGCUACAAACUCGACAACUCUUCCAGCUCUUGUAUCGAAGGGAUGUCUUAUUAUAUCGGAUGAACUCAACCAUUCUUCCCUCGUGUAUGGAUCACGAUUGUCUGGUGCAGCCAUAAAAGUGUUCAAUCAUAAUGACCCAGCCAAUUUGGAAACUGUAUUGAGAGAAUCGAUAGCACAGGGACAGCCUAGAACUCAUAGACCAUGGAAGAAGAUCUUGGUUGUAGUUGAAGGAUUAUAUUCGAUGGAGGGUACCAUAUGUCGAUUACCUGAAAUCAUUGAAUUGAAGCGCAAAUAUGGCUUCUACAUAUACCUGGACGAAGCACAUUCUAUCGGAGCUGUCGGUCCCAAUGGACGUGGUGUUUGUGACUAUUAUGGUAUCGAUCCGACAGAAGUAGAUAUUCUGAUGGGCACCUUCACAAAGUCAUUUGGAGCCGCUGGCGGCUACAUCUCUGGCUCUCGAACAGUCGUAGAUCACGUCCGAAUGGCAUCUCACUCUGCCGUCUAUGCCGAAUCUGUAUCAGUCCCCGUACUACAACAAAUCUAUACCUCAAUGAAAAUCAUCAUGGGCGAAGACGGAACCGACGAUGGUAGAAGACGCAUCCAAUCACUAGCAUCCAACGCCCGAUACUUUUCAACACAGUUGAAGAAGAUGGGCUUUAUAGUAUAUGGAGACAUCGCAUCCCCCGUAAUUCCAUUAUUACUCUUCCAUCCAGCCAAGAUUCCAGCCUUUUCACGAGAAAUGAUGGAUCGUGGUGUUGCUGUCGUAGUAGUGGGAUACCCUGCCACAUCAAUAAUUGCAUCUCGUGUACGAUUCUGUUUAUCUGCUGCCCAUACCCGUGAAGACAUUGAUCACGUAUUGAAAUGUGUACGAGAUGUCGGUGAUAAACUCAUGCUACGAGUCAACGCACACAAGCAAAUAGAAGACACUCAUAAGAAAUCAUUAUGA